AUGCUGAGUGAGUUGGAUAAAGUACUAACGAAAGAGGAAUUGGAACUAGCCAGAGAGAAUGAGAUCACAAGGAUAUUGGAAUGCCACGCAGAAGAUUUUUUUUCAAUAUUGGAAAUAAACCCUUUAGAAAUAGAUGUAAAUGCGUUGCAAAAUGAAACCAAAAAGAAGUUUAGAAGGACAUCAUUACUCAUUCAUCCAGAUAAAACAUCCAAUCCAAGAGCUCCUUUGGCAUUCGAUAGGCUCAAGAAGUCCGAACAAGUACUUUCAACACCAUACCCAUUGAGUAAGGCUGAAGAAGAUCAGCUCGACACUAAUGCUAAAACAUUGGCCUCUGACAAGAGCAGAUUACUUGAUAUAUACCAUGCAGCGAGGAAGCAGAUUGAGGACACUUCCACUUCUUUAGAACAUCGUGACACUGAAGGCAUCUUAUUAAGAAACAAAGUUUCUCAAAUAUUAACUAAUGAACAGAGAGGAGCUGAGAUUGAGAGAAAUUUUCAACAGAGGCAAUUGGCACAACAGAGAGCCGAAUCUAAGAAGCUAGAAGAGGAGAAAAAGAUCCUUAAGAAACUUGAGACUCAAUGGGAAGAUGAUAGAGAUAAAAGAGUGUCAAAUUGGAGAAAGUACGCUAACAAGGUAGAGAAAAAGAGACCAAAGAAAAAAAACUCUAAAAAAGACAAAUUAUUGGUUUAA